AUGGAGCUUAAUAUCCUGCAGUGGCCCAGUGUUCCCUUUGCCGCGUGCUACGUUUCGCAGAAAAAAUUCAAUUUGUUAUCGGCUGAUUUCAAGAGAAGCGGUACAGGAAAGUUCAACUGGGGAUCUUGGGCUCGCAUUUGUUUCUCUGGUGUCGAGUACAUUGCCAGAUGCUAUCCAAACACAGAUUUGCCACUCCACGAACAAGCAUAUGCAUCCACCGAUAAUCUGGUUUCCAUCUCCAAUGCAAUUUGUGUUAAAGACACCGAGUAUGAAGCCAAAAGCCAUGCGGGGGUUAUUGCUUGCGCGGCUGAGCAUUCCUCAACUGGGGCUACUUGCGUUGCAGAUGGGGAUGUUCAAACGCCGAUGAUGGAGCCCAUUAUUGAGUCUGCCAUUGUUGAUUGUAUAAAAGUUACACUGGCUCUGCAAUCUUCAAAUGUGCAUGCGAGAAACGUUAUCAAAACCAUUCUUGUUACAAGCGGGGCCGUCUUGAAGCAAGGUGCAACAAUAACGGUCUUUCCUACCCCCAAACAGAUAUUUGAAUUUAAAGUCGUUCAUGACGGCAGCCCUCAAGAUUAUCUUCGUAUUUCGAAGGAUACAAACAUCAUCUUCUCGUACUCGCAAAACAGCAGUUUUAAGGCACAAAAUGUACAAUCACUUGCAUGUAUGCUGGGAAUUUCGAUUUUCAACGAAGACGCAUCCUUGAUGCGCUUUGCUAAUCAUGGUGAAUAUAAAGCAUUUCUAUGGAUCGUUCAAGCUUAUUUACAAGUUGAUGCCCUGCCUGUUCUUUCGCCUUCGGACGUUAUGUCAUCCACCAUUAGCGGAUCACUGGACAAUUUUAGGAAUUGGAUUACAAAGCAAGAGUCCAACUUGAGUGAGCAAAAGAUCGUUGUUAUCCGAGACAUUGAAACAUUUAGAACUUUAUCGCCGGAUUUGAGUCGGGCGGCCGAUGGCCCUCUCUGGGAUGCCCUAUGCACGCUUUUGCAUCAUCUCAAGAGUUUUUUUUCCUCAAAAAUACAUCGCUUCAACUCGAUGGGGAAAAUUAGCUUUACCUUUUUGACAAAGCUUGUUCAGACGCUUUGCCCUUCGCAAAAUAUUGGCGAUGCUGACUUUGCCAAUGACAAGCGGGCGGACAUUUUAGAUAUUUGUCACGAUCUUGCUAAAGCAUUUCCAUUUCCUAAGAAAGAAGAUAUAUCUUCAUUUGUUGUUGAAAGAUUUGCAGAGAAAAAAAAUCUUGGCGAACCCCACCGCUCCAAUAUGGCAAGCUGGGACGACGUUGGAGGAUACCAGGAUGUGAAGAUGGCUGUGGAAUGGCCGCUUUUAUAUCCAGAUGCCUUUUCUAGACUUGGACUCGAUCCCUGCAAUGGAAUUUUAUUGCACGGUCCGCCAGGAUGUUCUAAGACCUCUCUUGCAAGAGUUGACUUGCAAAUAGCUUAUCAUUUAGAUUGCCGCUUCGCAAUGCAAGGGGAAUCAGAAAAACUUGUCAGGAACAUUUUUAAACAAGCCCGGACAUCUGUUCCAUGCAUUUUAUUUUUCGAUGAGUUAGAUGCUCUUGUUGGGGCAAGAUCGCUCGGGAACUCCAUUGAUGGGGUCUCCGGCGGCGGAGGGGGCGCAUCCGGCCCAAGCAGCAAAGAUGUCGUGCAGGAGCGUAUUCUUUCCACAUUCCUGAACGAAAUGGACGGAAUAGAGCCGCUUGCUGCUGGAAUCUUAGUAAUGGUCCCAUUGCCAGACUUGGAGACUAGAAAAAAUAUUUUCCAAGUUUACAUCCAAAAUUUGCCUGUGCAAAACCCCGUCAAAAUCAUUAUGGAGUUGUCAGAACAUACCGAUGGGUGGUCUGGUGCACAGUGUAAGCAGGUGUGUAGUGAGGCCGCAUUUUGUGCCCUACGAGAAUGCCCGGAUGCCGAGUUUCUGUUUAUGGCCCGCCUUGACGAAGCCGAGGUUUUGAUUCGGUAG